AUGAAGUCAGACGAGCUGACUUUCAACCUGAACAUCACUAGAAUACCUACAACACUCGUCGAUGGGAAACGACCGACUAAACAAGAAGUCUUACGCAUCGUGAUGCCACUCUUCGAUCCGCUGGUUCGCUUCGCCUGUCACUAUCCGGGCAAAAUAGCUGCUACAAGAAGUCUGGCCGAGGCACUGCAUAGACGACUAGAAGAUCUGGCCGAGCAGUGGGAGUCGAGGAUGAAACAUCUGAAAAGUCUCCACGAUGUAACCAUACCACGACGCUACCUGAAUUACAGCGACGCCUCCACGCUCGAGCUCCAUGUGUUUAGCGACGCCAGCGAGGAGGGCAGUGACCUCCGACGACGAAAUCGGCUUAUCUCUUAUCAUGGCCAAAGCGAGAGUGGCGCCACUAAAGCUCACGAGUAUACUAAGACUGGAACUACAAGCCGCCGUCAUAUUAGCGCCGUGCCGAAGUGCCGGGAGGCGCCACCAUCGCCAUCCAGUGCUCUGCUGGAGCACCGAUGGUCGCGGAGGCGAACGCCCCAUCAAGAAAUCAACAUGCCGAAGCCGGGAGUUCGCGACUCGCCCCCCGCGGGCCCCUCUACACCUGCCGCCGCCACCCCGGCGCACCCGACGCUGUGCUACAAGCGGACGGUGACGCCGCAGCGGCUGUGGUUCGCUUCAAAUUUCUCCCCCCCACCGCCGCGGACCUCUGCGCAGGACUCACCGGCGGCCAUGCCGGGAAGUUUCUCGCGCAGUGGGUCGGAGAUGUCGGUGGCAUCGGGGGAGUACUCCUCACUAAGGGACCAGUCGCCGCCCUACCUGGAGGACGCCUCGGACCAGGAGGAAGAAGAAGGCGUCGAGCCGAGGACCCAGCCCGAGAGGGCACAGCGCCGCCAGCGCAGCCCGGACGACGACGACGAUGCCGCCGCGGAGGGUGAGUACCCCAAGCGUUAUUGUGUGCAGGCCCCGCAGCCAUCCUUCGCGGAGAUGGCACGCCGCACCACGCCCCCGAGGGACACCGCCGCCGCCACCGCCACUGCCAACGACACCACUACCACUGCCACAGCAGCAGCCCCCCCAAAAAAGAAGCCUCGCUACCCGCCGCUGGUAGUCGAGAAGAUGCCUGACUGGGCCGCCCAUUUCCGGGUGCUCAGGGACAGGCUGGGCUUCCCUCCCCACGCGCGCCCCUACCAAGCCGGGGUGCGCUUCAGCCCGGAGUCGGAGGACGAAUACAGGGUGGUCCAGCGGUACCUGAACACCCUAGAAGGAGAGUGCGGCCUAUCCUGGUUCGCCUACUCGCUGCCAGCGGAGCGCAACCUGAAGGUGGCCAUAAGGGGGCUGCCUGCCGACACGGACCCUGCCGACAUCGAGGAGGAGCUGCGCGAGUUGGGAUACCAGCCGGAGUACGUCCGCCACAUCAAGGCGCGACGCGGAAGACCCGGCUGCGUAUUCCACGCGAUCCUAAAGAAGACGCCCAACAUUAGGGCCAUCUAUGACACCGCCGUGUUGCUCAACAUGCGCGGUGUCAAGAUAGAGGCGUGGCGUGGAAAACGCGGACCGGCCCAGUGCCACCGAUGCCAGCAGUUCCGGCACAGCUCGCACAACUGCCACCGCCCGCUCGCCUGCGUACGUUGCGGCGAGGGCCAUCACGCACGCGACUGCCCCCGGCCCCGGGAGGAGCCCGCAACGUGCGCCAACUGUGGCGGGGAGCACCCAGCGUGCAGCAUCAGAUGCCCCGUAUACAAGGAGGAAGCCAAGGUGAGGCGGGCGGGUACCGUCGCCAUCACCGCCCCUCUACGCCGGCCGGACGCACCGCGACACACGGACGCGGAGCGGCCGCUAGAGGCGGACGCCACCACCACCUUGAUGGCGGCGGCGAACAGCCGAAUUGGGCCGCGACGCAGGAGGCGCGGCGGCAGGAGAGGAAAGAAGCCUCAAGGAACCGCCGCGCCCCCGCCUCAGUCCCGGACACAGACGCAGCCACCAGAAGCCGUCCCAGAGCAGGAGAUGGCACCACGCAGACGCCGGGCAACGCGGCGCGCUGAGGCAGUGGAGGCACAGGAGCUGCCCCCGGCGCCGCUCGAGCCCGCAUGCCCACAACCGCUGCAGCAGCGCGACGCCGCGCGCCCCCGCCGGCGGCCGCCGCCACCGCCGGCCGACACCAGCGACUCCAGCGGCCAAAGCCGGACCGGCCCGGGCGAUACAUUUCCUUCUCGGCGUGAUCAGGGCACUCCGGGAAGGAGCUAG